AUGACAUACAUCAAGGUGGAAAAACGAUGUUUUGGAUGUUUUAAUGAUAUGAAAUGUUUUGUCGAUCGUCUUCAUGCACUACUGAUCCAGUACCAUAAUGGUGUGAGGAGCAAAGAUCGUAAAAUAAAGCGCUUCAACAACUACUAUAUCCGGCAUUUUGCUCCUCAAACAUGGUUCUGCGAAUUCAAAAAACGCAAAAAUGAGUAUAUCAUUAUGGAUUAUGGUAGCGGACCUGAUCGUACGCAGAAGGUCGCCAACGAUUUCCAAAAACUUUUCAAACAAGCACAAGUGCCUGACCACCACCUCCGAGUAAUCUACGCUGAGAUGAUGAAAGGAAAGACAAAACACUCCACCUCGAUGUCAUGUACACGGAAAAUGGCUGAAGAACAGCUCUUCUCCAAUGAAUACCUUAUGAGACGUGUAAUGCAGAUGUACUACUUCGAUUUCAUUGAAUUUGGUUUCUUAUAG